GAGAGCGAGAGUGAGAGUGAGAGUUGCUCUCUCUAGUCUCUAGUGGAUAUCAACCGAUCAGAAGUCUAAAUUCCGCUUUCGUCUUUAUGUAUAAAAAUAGAAUGUGAGAUAAAGUGUCGGCAUUAUAAGGCAAUACGGCGGUCACACCUCUCUCACUUCCUUGCCGUAGGCGGUAGCUUUCGACCCACAUUACGUUUUCUAAGUCAGAGCAGUCUCAACCUCUCCGUGUCUCGCUCGCUCGCUUUGCUUGGUGUCUCUGUGUCUCUCCAUCUGAUGGCACAAUCAACUCAAGCUAGUCUCCUUCUUCAGAAACAGCUUAGGGAUCUUUGCAAAAAUCCUGUUGAUGGCUUCUCCGCUGGUUUGGUUGAUGAUAGUAACAUAUUCGAAUGGAGCGUCACUAUUAUUGGACCCCCUGAUACUCUUUAUGACGGAGGCUAUUUCAACGCCAUCAUGAGUUUUCCACCCAAUUACCCUAACAGCCCACCCACAGUGAGGUUUAUCUCGGAGAUGUGGCAUCCUAAUGUUUAUCCUGAUGGGCGAGUUUGCAUAUCAAUUCUUCAUGCUCCUGGUGAGGACCCCAAUGGAUAUGAGCUCGCAAGUGAACGCUGGACACCAGUACAUACGGUUGAAAGCAUUGUAUUGAGCAUCAUUUCCAUGCUAUCAAGUCCUAAUGAUGAAUCUCCAGCAAAUAUUGAAGCAGCGAAAGAUUGGAGGGAGAGGAGAGACGAAUUCAAGAGGAAAGUAAGCCGUACUGUGAGACGGUCGCAAGAAAUGUUGUGAGAUCACUCUGCCGAAGGUGGAAACCCAGUUAUUUACCUUGUUUUGUUUGGGAAUCUUAUUUAUUACGUUGAGAACUGGUUAAUCAUCUGGUGGUAUGUUGGUCAUUUGAAAUUUCCAUUUGAAGUUCUUGUGGCCAACAAACUUGGAAGCAGUUCUCAUUGUAAACUUGGGACUUUUGUAUUUAAAUGUGUCUGGUCAGUUGUCCUGAUAACCUACUACGAUUAGUGAGAGUUGUUGAAGUUUCUUAAGUUGGUCAUGGUUCUUUUCCCCCAUCGCUGGGGACAACUAUGAGAAAUAAACUCUGUUUGGGUAAAUGAUUAGUACAAGCACGGUUGUGAUUAUUGAA